AUGUUUGUCGUCUCCGCAGCGGAAGGCUUGACCGCCGCCGCCGCCGCAGGGGGGCUGGAGACCUCUGCGGCGGUUUCUUCAUCUGCUGCGGCUUUUCAACGCAAUGCCUCUACCACCUCCGUGGCGUCCCUCCAUCAGAGCUUUCUCGAUGCUGAACCGGCGGACCAGCUGCGUUUGUUCACUCAGCUGAGGAGUGCGGAUGGCAACGUCAAGGCAAGUCCGGCUGCUGCUGCGGUAACCUCGGCGUCGUCGUCGCCUCCUCCGGCGUCGCCUUCCAUGCCGCAGCUGCGAACGCUGCGGGGACACGUUGGGAGUAACACGAAUCAGGCGUUCUUGGACGAUAGUGACGAAGCGGCCCAAAUGCAGCGAGUUGGUGCACGUAAUGGCUUGUUGAAUGCACACGUUGCGUUGGCUGGCGUGGCAAAGAAGGAGGAGAAUGCCACGGGCGGGGCGGGGGUGACGACGUCGCCGCCACCCGCACCUCCUUUAGAAACACGAAAAGGCUGCUCCAACCCGAACGAGAGUAACGCCGCAGUAGAGGACGACGUUCGCUACGACGUUUUCAGCCACGCCAGCCGAGCUGCUGCGAACUUGUCGACGCCGCUGACCUUGACACUACCGCAAACGGAUUUCAGUCGUCAAUACGAGCACAGCCGCAAUCCGUACCUGCGCGCGGCGGCCGAGGAGAUGAAAGCGUCAUCCGAUGACACGUUCCAAGGUUGGGGCGACGGUGACUUCACUGGGGGAGAUGACCGACUCGGGUCGACCUCUGCGUUUGUGAACAACGCGAAGAGCAGGAGCGGGCACGAAGGAGUGCCGUCUUCAUUUGUGCUAGCAGCACACAAAGCGCCGCAGCUGACACAACCCUUCGGUGCCCCUAGGCAGCGCGAUAACACGUCCUUCCGUGAGGCUCUUCCAGCAACUUCCAACGUGAAGGACGAUCUUUUGUCAUCUUCUGGGAGCGGUGCCGCGUCGACGCUGCUGCGCGGCAUUCCACUCUUCACCCGCACGCGGCAGUCCUCGCGCCUGGCCGCGUCGCCCGCGUCGUCGCUGCGGCAGUCGGUGGAGGAGUACGGCCAGCUGCAGCUGCAGAACGAGGCGGUGCACUGGUACCACCGCAGCAGUGUGCUGGAACACCAACUCGCCCGAUUGCAAGAGAUGUACAACCGUCAGUCGAAGUUGCUGGCGGCGCAUUGGCGUGCAGAGGCAGCGGCGGCUCAGCCCCAUACGACAUCCACGCGUACAGACACUGCCUGUACCGAUGCACUGAUGAAGACGGCGAAUGCGGAUGUAAAGGAGGCUCUGCAACGACGGCGCCCACACGAUGCAUCUCCCACACCGUUUCCGGUGGAGCAUCGGCUCGCAUCCGCGGCGACAGCGACGGCGUCGGUGGGUUCGCCGGAGAGACGCAUGACGGAGCUCACCAGUCGCUCCCCUGACUCCCUUCCCCGCGCCUAA